AUAAAUAUAAACAAAGUGAACAAGAUACUUGUUUAUGAAUAUUUUAUGAUAAAGUUCUGUUAUGUGUGAAUGAUCUGAGCUUAUAUACAUUAUAUAUUGAACGAGUAAAUGAAAUAAAUUCUGUCGCACUUAUUCUUUCUUAUCUUUAUUGCUAUGACACAUUCAUAAUAAUUAGCAAAUCAUAUACACAUGCAAUUAAUUGAUAUUGAGUAUAACGUCCCUUUUCAAUCUUUUAUAUUAUUUCAAAGUUAAUACAGUAAUUAAAGUCAUAAAAACAAUUCAUACUAUAGUAUAAAAAGUGAUCUUAAACUAGGCAAUUAAUUAAAUAAUCAAUCAUUUAAAUUGCAUACGAAGAAAUUUACAAUAGCUGCUAGACACGAUCAAUAUGUGUACAAUGGCGUCAAAAUAAUAGAUUCUAUAUAAAGAUCAGCUUCUUUUCACUCGAGAAUUACACGCUGUCACCUUUAAAAUUUAUUCUGUAUUCUGUAUUCAUACAAACUGUGAUGGCAGUCACGUUAUGUGUCACUAGGCGUAAUGAGUACUCAUUUUAAGAGUCAUGCUGUACAUAUACCGACAGCUACAGCUGUGCAGAAGCAUCAAAUGUUAUUUCCAAGUCAGUCUGUUGCUGCUACUGGUAGCGUGCUGAGUGUUAGCCGACUAAGGUUUAUGGUUCGUUUAUCUGGUGAAGUAGUUGUGUUAAUCAGAUAGAUCACGUCCCAUCGAUGUGCAUUGUUUGCAACCGAUGCUGCCAUAUUUCCGUUUAAUGAUUACAUUGAAACGCGCGAAAAGUAAAAUUCAAGUAUUUUAGAACCAUUCCUAUCAUUACUCUUCCUGGUCGAUACCGAACAAUUUCUUGCUUUAUAAAAAAGAAGAUAUACCAGAUAAUGACAACUGCAAGUUAAAAAUAAAUCGUUCUCGAAACUCAGGUGGAAAAUCAUAAUUAUGGAACUUACUGCAAGAAACAACAUGAAGGAAAACGAUAACAACAAAACUGUAGAAAAGAUCUCCGCUAAUGACAAACGUUUUAUACGUACUGUGUCAUAUGCGUCAAAAAUGGCCGCGGUGGACAUCGAAUUCAACGAUUUGACAUAUGCAGUGCCGAGCUCUCGAAAAGAGUCAAAGAUGCUUUUAAAAGGAAUUAGCGGACAAUUCAAAUCGGGUGAGCUAACAGCGAUUAUGGGUCCUUCUGGUGCUGGAAAAUCGACGUUACUCAAUGUUCUUGCCGGAUAUAAAUAUACGGAGAUAAGUGGCUCAAUAAAUAUCAAUGGUCAGCCGCGGAACAUGCAGGAAUUCAAAAAGAUGUCAUGUUACAUCAUGCAAAAUGAUCUCGUACAACCGAAACUCACGGUUAUAGAAGCAAUGUCCUUCGCCGCAGACUUAAAACUGGGCAAAAAAAAAUCGCAAUUCGAAAAACAUAUUGCUAUAAAUGAGAUUCUGGCUACACUUAGGUUGUCCGAAACACAAGACACGCUUAUGGAACAACUCUCCGGUGGCGAAAGAAAGAGGCUAAUAAUCGCCCUCGAAUUAGUGAACAAUCCACCUGUAAUUUUUCUAGAUGAACCGACCACCGGAUUAGACGAGUUGUCCUCUUUUUAUUGCAUCGAUAGUCUUCAAAAGCUGGCACGUUUCGGACGAAAUGUUAUAUGCGCGAUACAUACUCCCAGCGCAAGUAUAUUUAAUAGGUUUGAUCAUGUCUACAUUGUGACUGCCGGACAAUGUGCUUAUAGAGGCACCUCGAAUAACGUGUUGCCAUUCCUACAAAGCAUAAAUCUAGAAUGCCCGAAGCAUUACAAUCCGGCGGAUUUCAUAAUAGAAAUCUGCUCGGGCGAUUAUGGUUCCGAUCUGAUCGAACAAAUGAUUACUUGCGUCAAGAAGUUACCGAUUCCUCCGAUUUCUCGAGCAAAAUAUGAACUCGAGCUUGAUACACAGAAUUCGAAAGUCUUUUGGAUUGAUCAGUUCAAAACGUUAAUCAAGAGAAUGAUAGUGCAGCUUUAUCGAAAUAGAAAUUACAUCUAUCUGAAGAUAUCGCUACACAUUUUUUUGGGAUUAAUAAUUGGCUCACUGUUUUUGAAUAUGGGCAAUGAUGGUUCCAAGGCUUUGUACAAUUUUGGCUUUUGCUUCGCAUGCAUAAUAUUAUUUCUGUAUAUACCCAUGCUACCAGUAUUAAUGCAUUUUCCCUUUGAAAUUAAGGUAAUGAAACGAGAAUACUUCAACAGAUGGUACAAUCUUAGCGCAUACUACUGGGCCAUAAAUGUAAUUAAUAUACCUUUACAGAUACUGUUAGGAUUUAUAUAUCUUUCGAUGGUCUACUUUAUUACGGGACAACCCCUGGAAUGGCAUAGAUGCAUCAUGUUCUUUAGUACUUGCUUCAUCUGCGCCUUCAUCGGGGAGAGUAUAGGAUAUAAUGUUGCUAGCAUAUUCAACUCCGUAAAUGCAGUAUUCUUCGGACCGGCGAUAACUUGUACCAUGAUUUUAACCGCGAUGCAAGAUUUUGGAGAUUCCACUCCUCUACCAAUUUAUCGAACGUUAUUUAUGUAUGUCAGUCAUAUUCGAUAUGGAUUGGAGGCUCUCAUAGUAGCUAUGUACGGUUUUAAUAGACCGAGAUUACCUUGCCCAGUAGAAGAAGUGUAUUGUCAUUUCAGUUCGCCCAAAGAAAUCUUUCGAAUAAUAGGUCUAGAGAAUGCUCCAAAUUAUUGGCUGGAUAUGCUAGCUCUUAUUAUAAUAUUUAUUAUUUGUAAAGGAAUAUUAUAUUAUUUAUUAAAGCAAAGAGUGCAACCAAACAAAACUUUUCAGAUGCUUCAUAUAAUCGGGAAGUCCAUCCAGAGCCAUUUCAAUAUGUGAGUGUUAAUGUUUUUAGCUUUAUACCCUCUAAAACAAAUUUUUAAUUUAAAACGUAAUUGAAAAAAAUAUAAAAAAAAAUAAAAAUUCAUUAAAAAAAAAAAUUGUUUAUACAAUAAUAUCUUCAACGUAAUAUUUAUUGUUGUUAAAAAAAAUGAUUUACACUAAUAAUAUAAAAAGUUAAUAAUCUGUUAUAAUUUUCGUUAAAUAAAAGAAAGUAAAACGUA